GUAGAAGUCGAAUUUACCUGUACUAUUUCGGUUUCUCCUUGGACAACAACGGAGUCUCAAUCCCCAAAUUCAGAGUUUCCAAAUGACUCUAUUCAUGUGAAUCAUCAAAUCCACAACACAAACCUAUAAAUAAUGGCUGAAAUUCCAUCUUCUUCCCCGAAAUCAAACCCUAUAAUCGAACCCGGAACAGCAACAACGACGUCCGGAAUCACCAUGACUACAAUCUCACAAUCGCCGUCAAUUGAGAUGCCGUUAAACCAAUCUCAGUCUCAGCAACAACAACAAAUGCAACAACAGAUGCAGCAGCAGCAACAACAAUUGUCGCAAUCUCAACAACACCAAAUGCAGCAGCAGCAGAAUAAUAAUAAUAAUAAUUCUAGUAGUAGUAACAACAACUUAAUGUCAGCUGCUGCAUCUAAUUUCACGAUGCAGAGAUCGCCUUCAAUGUCGAGGUUGAGUCAAUUUCAAAUGCAGCAGCAGCAGCAACAACAAUUAGGUUUAAUGAGGCAACAAUCAGGAGGAGGGCUUUAUGGUCAAAUGAAUUUUGGAGGCGGAAGUACUUCACUCCAGCAACAACAACAACAGUUACAAUUGCAGCAACAAUUGCAACAACAACAGCAACAACAACAACAACAACAGAAUCAACAACAGCAGCAACUAAGUGGCCAGAAUCAACAACAACAAAUAGGUGGCCAGAUGAGUAGCGGAAAUUUGAAUAGGGCAGCUUUGUUGGGACAGACUGGUCAUUUGCCCAUGUUAUCUGGACAAGCUGCUGCUGUUGCUCAGCUCAAUUUGCAACCUCAAUUUUUGAAUUCGCCACGGCAGAAGGCUGGUCUAAUGCAGGGGAAUCAGUUCCAUACAGGGAAUUCCCAUGGCCAGUCCUUGCAGGGUAUACAGCCGAUGGGAGUGAUGGGAUCUCUGAACAUGAACUCUCAGUUAAGGGCAAACGGGGCCCUGGCAUAUGCACAACAACAAAGGGUGAAUCAAAAUCAGUUGAGGCAGCAGUUGUCCCAGCAAAAUCCUCUCACCACUACUCAGAAAAUGUCGGCUCAAAGCCUUCCAAGGACGUCCUUUAUUAACUCUCAGUUACCUGGGUUGACUCAGAAUGGACAAUCUGCGAUGAUGCAGAACAAUUCAUCACAACAGCAGUGGUUGAAGCAAAUGCCUGCAAUUUCUACUCCUAAUUCCCCUUCCUAUCGUCUUCAACAUCAGAGGCAGCAACAAAUGCUUAUGCAGCAGCAAUUAGCUUCACCUCAACAGUUGCUCCAAAAUUCAAUGGGUUUGAACCCACAGCAACUAUCCCAAAUUGUACAACAGCAGCAACAGAUUGGGCACCCUCAGAUGCAGCAACAGCAGCAGCAGCAGCCACAGCAGCAACAACAACAGCCACAACAGCUUUCGCAUCAACAACAGGCUUCUCCAAGGAUGGCUGCCCCAGCUGGCCAAAAAUCUCUCAGUUUAACUGGAUCUCAACCAGAUGCUACUGGAUCCGGAACAACUACUCCAGGGGGUAGUUCAAGUCAGGGGACUGAAGCAAGCAAUCAGCUUCUUGGAAAGAGAAAGAUACAGGAUUUGGUUUCACAGGUGGAUUCACAGGGAAAGCUUGAUCCUGAAGUUGAAGAUCUUCUUCUAGAGAUUGCUGAUGACUUUAUUGAUUCGGUUACUACAUUUGCUUGCAAUUUGGCAAAACAUCGGAAAUCUUCAACUUUGGAGUCCAAGGAUGUACUGUUACAUCUAGAGAAAAACUGGCAUUUGACUAUUCCAGGCUUUUCAAGCGAGGAGAGGAAACACUAUCCAGAAAAUUCACCAAGUGAUCUCCACAAAAAGCGUUUGGAUGUGAUACGUACCUUGAUGGAGGCCUCACAAACAGAAACAAGUACAGAUAGUAGUGCUAAGGAGACAGUCAGACCAGCAGUGGGUGACUCAAAUCACAUGAUCAGACCUCCAAGUUCAGACAAAUUGGUUUCACACUCUAAUGCUUCUCAAAUGCUGCAUGAGAUGACAAGGUUUUGAUGUCCCUGGAGUUCUUGGUGUAUCUCCCGUGUUAACUGUACAGAUCUUGAUGAUGAAGAAUGAGGGGAGGCAUAGGUUAUAUAGGUGUAGCUUAGUGGAAGUAUUUAUGAGACUUUGAGGCAACUGAAGAAAAAUUGCAGAAUGAACCACCAAUAGUUGAAUGGUCUUGAAGGCCUGUAAUUAAGCAGCUUAGUUAACAGUAGCUAAUUCAGCCUGUGAGGAUGAACUUGCUCAAAUUUGGUUUCUCCGCCAUACUCUUCUGGAUGACAUGUUUACUAAUCCUGUAUAUUAGUGUCUGUUUACCACCUCUUCUUUCUAUAUACCAAGAAUGAGUUUAAGUC